AUGAAUUUUAAUCAAAUUAUACGUUCAAGAUCUAAAUCGCCUGUUCGCUAAAUUCCAAGAACAUCACAUAUAUCCUAUUUCAAAGUUAAAGAAUAAAGACAAACCCUUUACAAAAAAGAAUUUUUCAUUUAAUUAGAAGCAACGUUUAACAAAAUAAGGAAGCAAUUACACCAAUUUGCAUUUACAUAAAUACGUCGAAAACUUGAAAUUGAAAUAAAGAAAAUGAAGCUAAUUCAGGCUCAAUACCAUCAGAAAAUUUUAAUAAAGGCUUUAUCUAAAUGGAUAAGAUAAUACAAAUAUCAGAAAAUGAGUUAGUCGUUAAUUUCAUCUCCUACUUUUAGCAGCGGAUUUAAAUCACCAAAAAAUAACAGUGUUAAUGAAUUUAAGGCUAUCCCAAAAACCAAAAAACAAUCAACUAUGAGAACUAAAAAACUUUGUAAUGCUUUAAUGAAAAUUCAAUGGAAUAAUAAAAGACUCAUAUUUACAAUAUAUAAAAUAUUUUAGAUAUAGAAAAGAAAAAAGAAAAGCAUUUUGUUCAAAUGGUACAAGAGAACCUAUAAAAGAUUAUUACUAAAUGUAAAAUUGUGCAAAAUGGUGUCAAUAUUAAAUAAAUAGAUUGCAAAAUGUCUGAAAGCAAUGUGAUUUAAAAUCAAUGUUCAACUACAUC